AUGUACGAAGUAAGAGAGAAUGCGACUGCUAGGUGGCAAGUAGAGGAGCAGAAAGAGGGUGAGGUUGAUUUUGGAUGCCUGUGCAAGGCAAAAGCAAACGUUAAGAAAGGCGUUGCGUGGGCCGAGUUGUUCCACGUUUCAGCUAUUGUUAGAUACGGGCGGCUGGCCGACACAGCGACGGGUCACCCAGGCGGCAGUGCUGUCAGUGGCGACGAGCUGAUCAAAUGA